AUGCCCUCAUCGCCUGAGAACGCGGCAGCCCUGACGAACCCCCAGCCCGGCAUUGGAUACCUAUACCAACAGCACAACCGCAACCGAUCGCGAGGAGUCGACACCGUGCAGACCCGAGGGCGGAACAUAUCGCGAUAUGAAUUUGGACGAAGAGACCGCUAUGGGGAGCGCGUUACGCGUAUCUUCCCCAGAGAGAUAGCAAAGUCUCCGCAGUCUGCAACGCGAUACCAAGCCUCCCCUAAUCCUGCGACCUCGCCUCUCAUUUCCGCUUUUGGCACUACCACAACAACCGCCGCACACUACACCAGCGAGUGGACAAAGUCGUUGCCCUUCUUUGCUGGACAAGGCCCACCCAAUGGAAGAAGCUUGAGCGGCUCGCCCGGCCAGAACUUCGGCGUCUCCAACUCCCCACCUACCAUUGGGGGCAGGCCGAUGAGCCACCCGAACCACUACCCCAGUUUUGGCGGCAGGCUAGGCGUCUCCCCGCGCCAGUCGCCACCCCGAGAUCGCCGUGCGUCCAUGUUCUCGCAGUAUUCGCAGCAGCCGCCGCUCCCACACCAGCCACAGUCACAUUUCUAUAAUCUGCCUGAUGUCGACUUUGGGUUGGAUGCCCCACAGGGCGAGAUGACACCUGGAGCCAACGGCUACUACUGUGGAUUUGACACGCUUGACGCAGCUGGAGACAAACCAUCAUCACGGGUGGGACAGAACGCACUCUUGGUGGGUUAUGAGGGUGGUCUUGACGCCUUUGAUGUGAGAGCAUCGCACAUGAACGUCUUGGGAAGGGUGGAAGGCCUAAGGGGUGCAGUUAUUGGUGCGAAGAUAGUGCAGUGGUCUGGCGGUACAGACCCUUGUGCAGACGAUCGUCCAUUGGUUGCACUUGUCAUUCACGGACCACUCUUGGAAGGUGUAAAGGAUACCCGCCACUCAAGUGGCUCUUCUUCUGGCGCUUGCACCGAUGAGAACGAAGGCUCGUCGAGCCCGCCCACCCGUCCAGCCUCCGCUUUGGGCGACACCAACUUGGCAGACGUGACUCACUAUCAGACGACCGUUGAGAUAUGGUCCCUGAAAAAAGGCACGCAUGUCGCAACGUUGUACAAGGCCCCGCCAGUGCCCCUCACUACACCAUUGGACAGCCCUGUCUUUCAGCCCCCGCCUCCAGUGGGUGAUCUGCGGAUCGACGCCAAGGGUAAAUUCGUAGUGGUUGCUUCGGGAUGCAGCGGUGAAGUAUUUGUAUUCACACCGAAGGAGGAGGAAGCCCACCCGGCGUCGUUCAGAUGCAUCGGAAAGGUCUGGACGACGGUUCAAAUCCGUGAACAUACCCCGACCCCCAGCUCGGCGAGCUCGACGGAGUUGAACAGCCUCGAAGGCGAUAACGUGGUUUCUUUCGGCAAUCCUCUGUUUGCGCUCAGUGAGCGCUGGAUAGCCGUUGUGCCUCCCGGGUCAUCUUCAUUGUACUCUCUCAACGGAACCACACUUCUGUCACCCUCCCAACCAAAGCCGCCGGGGAUGACUACUCACGCACCACCUCCACCGCCUUCUGCAAACUGCCAAGUCGAUGCUCCUGAAGAUAGUUUCUUCAAAAACGCUUCUCGAGAGGUGGCUCAGCAAGCCAUGAAGGGCAUGCAGUGGGCUGCCAGUACCGGCAUGCAGGCGUGGAAGAGUUACUGGAGCAACAAGCCUGCGAGCGAGCAGAAUCCGAAUGGUACCAUGCCAAUCGACAACCAGGGGCAAGUGUACUUCCCACCUACUCACGGACACAGCCAGAGUCCUCCGCAAUCCAGCAAUGAGCCGUCUUUGGUCUCCAUCUUUGACAUGCAAAAGAUGGCGGAAACCGAAUCCACGAAAAACCGAAGCACUCUUCAGCCGCUCACCACCUUCACGGCACCUCUUGGCUGCAGCUUCUUGUCCUUCUCACCCAGUGGGCUGAUGUUGAUGACUUUCAGCAAGAAAGGAGACAAUCAGUUCGUCUGGGACUUGAACUGCAUGCACCACACCAGCUCUCGUGGCACACGUGGCAACAGGUCCUCACAAGCGCACGUGCGGCAAGUUGCAAAGUUCACGCGCAUGACCAUCGCCAACAUCGUUGAUGUUGCAUGGUCUGCUGGCAAUGCCCGUCGGCUUGCAAUUCUGACGGACAAAGGAACCGUGCACAUGUAUCCGAUGCCCGCAUCUGCAUUCCAGUGGCCGCCACCAAGGCGCGUCCGCAAACCGAAUGAGCAACCCAAGAAAGAAGUUGUGGAAGAACAGCCUCCGAAAGGAAGCGGCAUCAUCGGCUCAGCUGCUCAGAACAUCACCGGCAAAGCCAAGCCUUUCUUCAGCUCUGUCCGCAACCGUGGUGGCAGCGUGGGGUCUGGCUUUAGCUUGAGCAACCUCAGCAUGACUCCCGCUGCCGGUGCCAAAGGUGGAAAAGCCGUCGCUGCUGGCAUUGGAAAGUCGAUUGGUGGUGCUGCCAGCAAUCUCAAGCAUGCUAGCGACAACAAGCUUCAGCUGCCUUCCUUGGUCAACGGCGUGAACGCAUCAUCGGUGGUCUGGCUCGUCAACCCGAAGUACCGUGAUCCUCGCAUCGCGCUCGUUUCUGGUGGUGUUUUGACCAUUCACAAAGUCAACUUCAAGGAGGUUCGUAGCAAGAACGGCAGGCCCCAGACACGCAUUACCAAGCAGAAACUCGUCGAGUACGGCCUGAACCCAAUCAGAGAUAGCACUAUCGCUCCCGCUACGUUUGCGUAUCUCACCUCGAAGCCAGGUGAAGAGCCUGCGCCGCUUCCUGGAACUGGAAGGUCUGGAGAUUCUUAUUGGAACCCGAAAGCUCCUGCCGUCGGUGCGACCAAGGCAAAGGGCAUGAUGGCUCAUCCACUAGCCACUGCGGAGAUUGAGACCAAUACGCCUUAUCAGCCGUUCCAUACCGACAGGCGGAUUGACCUGUUCAUCAACGACGUUCCUGCCCAGGAUCAUGUCGAAGGUGAAGCCGAGCAGCAAGUAGAAGAGGAAGUCUCGAUUGCUCAGGCGAUUCAUCACGUUGAUGACUGCACUGUCUGGGCUUUUGGAUCUGAUAUCCCCUCUGUCAAGGUCACUCUCCCGUCAUCGCACGCUUAUGACGACGAUCCUUUCUCCGACGACCUUCUCGGCCUUGACAUGAACGGCAAUGGUCCGGGCGCAGGUGGUGCUGCCGGCAUGGUGAGCGACUUUGCUCUGCGUGAGGGUGACGAAGAGAUCGAGCAGGUCGUCGUGACAACCAGGCGCCGUCGCCUCAAGCGCAAGGAAAUCGACGAGGAAACGGAGCCUGACGAAGGCUUCUUCGAAGACGACUGCGAGGUUUGGGACUUCGCUGGCGAUAGGGUGUAG